UGACUUGAGAGGAGGAGCGGCAGUGUGAAAGAGAGCACGCUUCAUUAUGACUACAUGUGGCUGGAGCAGACGGCUGGGGAGAGAGAGAGCGGAGCGCCGCCACAUACAGCGUGUCUGGAUCAGAUGAGCGGGGGUCACCCAGGAUUCCCUUGAAACUGCUCUCCGCGGGGAAACAAAUAGGAUUAGAUGACGAAGAUUUCAUUCCAGCCUCGUUUACUGGGGUAAAAUCAAGGCUAUCGCUUCCUCUGCUGCUGCUGCUGCUCCAUCUGCUUUUACAGAAGCGCACACUCUGUCAUCGAAUUUUUUUUUUUUUUUGCUUUUUCAUUUCUCGUCUUUUGUCAAGAUGCCGAAAUGGGGGGAGAAAAGUGAACUAGAUUCUGCCAGGAACAGACCGAAAGAACAAGAUGCGAAAUAGGAGCCAGUAAGACCCAUGGCUGGAUUCAUUUUGUAGCGAUUUUCAUUUCCCAGUUUUAUUAUUGUUUGCUUAAACUCCAAGGAGAGGAAAAAAAGAAAUAAAUGCAUUCCGUUCUAUUUUGUUAUAUUGGAUUUAUUUAGAUUACCAUCUGGUCGGUCGACGCAAGAACACAGAGCUGAGCUCAACAGGCUGCGUGGUAAAAGUUUUACGUGCCAUUUCUGUCAAACCGUCUUUGUUUUACAGUUGGCUUUCAGAAAGCUGAUGCCAGGCUAUGCAUUGAACCCAAAGGCCAAUUCACAGUCUGCCUUUUGGAUACACGCCCCGAUUUUCGCUGUUAUUAUCCAACACAAAAACGUGCCGUGAAGGUGAACUUUACGCAGCGUGAUUUUCCCCAAUCGUCACCUGCUUGAUAUUUUCCCGAAAAUAUCAGGGACUGUAGCCGACGGUCUGUCAAAACUCCGGAGAGCGAGGCUCUAUGAAGAUCUCGACACGGUUGUUGCUUUCCCCUCGCAGAAAUGCCAGUGCGCGCCGUGACCACCAGGUUCAUGUACAAGGGGCUUUGCACUAUCCCAGAUGUCCUCUCUUACCGGACCCCAGUUCACCUGCCCGAGGACGAGGUGGAAGAGAUUCGGGAGGCUUUCAAGGUAUUUGACAGAGAUGGGAACGGCUUUAUCUCAAAGCAGGAGUUGGGAAUGGCCAUGCGCUCGCUGGGCUACAUGCCGAAUGAGGUGGAGUUGGAGGUUAUCAUCCAAAGGCUUGACAUGGAUGGUGACGGCCAGGUUGGCUUUGAGGAAUUUGUCACGUUGCUUGGUCCGAAGCUCUCUGCUGCUGGAAUGCCUGAUAAGUUCCACGGCGCAGACUUUGACUCCGUGUUUUGGAAGUGCGACAUGCAAAAACUGACAGUAGAUGAGCUGAAAAGACUCCUAUACGACACUUUCCGUGACCAUCUCACCAUGAAAGACAUUGAGAACAUCAUCAUGACUGAGGAAAACCACCUGAACAGUCCAGAGUCUCACGUAGACAUUGACACAAGCCCAACGCAGCAGGAAAAACACACAUGUGUGCGUAAAAGCCUGAUUUGUGCCUUCGCGAUCGCAUUCAUCAUCAGCGUCAUGCUCAUUGCAGCAAAUCAAAUGCUCCGCAGAGGAAUGAAGUAAAUUAAUGUUGCCAGCAGGACAAAAAGGGAUCCUAUGUUGGGGAAAAAGAAAACCAUUAACCAAAAAAUGCUCUCAUUUUCUGUUUUACAUCAUAGUUGAAAUUAUGCUUUCACAGCCUUUCUCUACAGCAUUAAGGAUCAAAUGAUGUCACACAGUGGUUGUAAAAGACCGCUCCUCACAGCUUACCAAGAUGAAAAUGAGAAAUGAACUACAAGGGCUGAUUAGUGUUACCAACAUGUUUGGAAAAGAAAUUAGAGCAGAAAUCAGAAUGUAACUUUAAUACUCUAGAGCUCAAGAGCACAACAUGUGCUGAAGAGUAGCUGUGGUGCAUAAAAUCCUUCAGUUCUGUAGUGAAGCAUCUGUCCAUCUGGAAUGCACCAAAUAACCAAGUACCAAUGAUAGUAAUAAAGCAAUAAUAAUGUGAACCACAUAUUGUUUCAUUUUAGGUUACAGUAAACCCAGAUUCCACUGCACAUUUAUUGGCACCACUGGUUUUAUAUUUUUGUAUAUUUUUGUCUUACAAAUCUAGGUAUCUAGGUAGAUUUAAUUUCAAUCACUCUAAAUAUGACUUCAUACACAGGUAUAAAGCUUACCAAGAUACACGUAAUCCUUAGUACUGGAAAAAUGGGAAAACAUGCCAUUUAAGUAGGAAAGAUGUGUUUUUUAGGUUAGAUAAUGCCUUUUUAGUCUGCAAUACCAAAUCACAAGGUUAUAGGAUAUUUAUGAUAUUUGUGUAAUCUCUCCAGACCUUCUGGAUGUUGUGGUUUCUUCAUGUGCUCUAUUUAAUUCAGGUUAGCCGACAGGUUUUCUAGGCUUUACAGUAAAUCUGGACACUGAGAUUAUGGUUGGUUUAAUGUCUGGUGAACCACUUUCACAUCUAUUUAGGGAUGAUUUUUCACUACUAUCUUCUUGAAAUUCAGAUUUUUAUUUAAAACAAUUCAGUAUUUCAAAGCUAAGUUUUUUUUUCUACCAACUAUUUUCUUACUUAUAAAACACAUCUGCUUGAAUGGCAUGUCUUCUUCUACUUUCUAUUUUGACAAAUGAGUUUGUUAUUUAUACUCCAAAGAAUAUAAGGUUAUCGGAUAUUCUGAUCAAUUGAAUAAGUAUAAAUUAGUAAAUGAUUUCAUCAGAUUUAUUUGUGGGAGCUGUCAGAGGUGUGGCAAUUGGUGCAGCAAGUACCUGUAAAUUUGAGAUAUUAUUCCCACCGGGGAAUAAAUAAAAUAAAAAGCUACAUUUUUAUAAGAUUUUCAGUGAUAGAUUAUGAUAUUGCAAACAAAUAUAUAUAUAUAUAUAUAUAUAUAUAUAUAUAUAGUUCACACCUCUUGAACUGGGAUACCAGUAGGUUUUGAGGGUACUGCUAAAACUUCACAUCCCAGAAAAGUGUUGAUCUCUUAUCCAUUGCACAAAUCAAGAGAUUUUAUGCUCACAACCUGCCUUCAAUUCAUUCAAAUCCCAGUUUGCACAUUUCAAAUCUGUGCAUUUAUACCACACUUUCAAAAUGAGCAUCAGCAAAGACAAUUUAGCCGCAGAGUGACCCAUUUAGAAUAAAUAGAACCGUGUUUAGAACAUGUAUUACCUGUAAUAUUUAUAGCAAAUGAAUAUGAUGUAUUCUAUGCGGCACACUUGCAUGUCAAGAAAUAAAUGUGUGUUGUAUGUGGGUGGUAUAGAUCUUUGAGGUAUAUGUUCAAAUACUUAUGCAAUUUGUUAAGUGAUAAUUGCAAAAAAAAAUUGACAUUUUCUUGUAAAUGUCAUUUUUGUCAAUGUGCAAACAAUAUCAAAAUACUAAAUUCUUUGCAGUAUGCUGUGAACAAUAAUUUAACAUAUCAUGGGGGGGAAAAGUUGUUUUCUGGCAUUUACAUAGAGUACUUAGACAACAUAUUAUUUAAUUAUAUGACAUCAUUAUAUUUUCUUAUACUUGAAUGAAGUAGACAUUAAAUCAAUGUUAUUUUGUUAUCGAUAUAUGCAUAAAGUUUUAUAAAAACAUACAAAAAAAUGCACAAAAAAAUGAUGUGUCUGGGCAUUCAGAUACAAGUUCUGUAUAUUGAGGCCAUGCACUUACAUUAACUUUUAAGAUUUGUUAACUUUUAAGGUUUUCUUCAGAUUUUACUAAAUGAUUCUUAUUUCUUAAGUCAGUUCAGUUUCUCAAAGCUCUACCACAAAGUGAACAGCAUGGGUAGGUGAGAAUCACGCUGGCAAUAAGAUAUAUAUUUUAUCCAAUGUAGCAGUUUGGUGUAAACAAAAAAAAAAAAUUUAUAUGACAUUGCUUUACCUCUUCAUGUGAACAUAUCAUGUAAAAAUGAGUGUUGUGUGGACAUAAAAUAUAGCCACUGUGCCAAAUACUGUAUUGUCCAGUGAUACACUGUAAUAACAAAUAUUGUCCUGUUUUAUCUGUUGGUGUACUAAUGAGCAGAUUACUUUGUUAACAGGUUGUUCUAUUUGUUGUAAUUGUAACUGGAUUUUGUCAUUCUAGAAACAAACCAUGUUCCACUGAAGCAAUGCCACUCCAAAAACCUCCUACAAAGAUAUUGAGUCUACUUGGUCAAAAAUGAUUCAGACUUUGAAAGGAUUUCUGAACAGCUAACUAACGUAAUUCUUUUAGGUCAAAGCAUUGUGCCAUCCAACUGUGAUACAUUAACUAUGAUUUUACAAAGUAAAGAAAUAUCUGCUGUUUUAUUUUCUUUUGCCUCUGUAAAGAUCACUGCAUCAAUUUUUACACUAUUGUAAGUGUUGUCAAGAUGCAUGUAGUCCAAUAAAAACAAGUGCAAUAAUAAAAAUCUUGUCUCUGCUAAAAUAAAUAAAUAGAGGUGAGAAAGCUGCAGAGAUGCAGGGUUUAUUGAGGACAUUUGCAUGCUGUCAAAUCAGAAAGACAAAUGAUUCAAUUAUGAAGGGAAAAUAUGGUGAAAAUUGGGCAAAUGCAUGAGACCUGGGCUUAGAAAAACAUUGUGAUUCUGAAUAUAUUGUAUAUUCAACCGUUUUUGCCAAUACUCUAUCACUGUUGCAUAAAAUAACAAGUGCAACCAUCAGCAAAGCCCUAAAAUACAUAAAACUGCAGUUACUAGCUUAGACCAUAGGAAGAAUUGUAGAUUGAAAAAUAGCUGACAGCUUUUUGGAGCUUUUUUAAAACAACUGCAUAUUUCAAGAUCAUCCGUUCAAACAAUCAAUCAUAGGUAAACACGAGGUGUCAAAACAAAGUCCAAAAGGACCAAAUUGCCAAUCUUAGAAGAAAAAAUUGGUGGAGAUGUGCUUGAAAAACUCAGGGACCAUAAAGGAUCAAGCCUAUUCUGAAGUUUGAUAAUCAAUGUCAUUGUUCACAUUGAAACAACUUUAACACUCUCAUUAAUUAAAAGGCACAAAGAGAAAACAAAAAGACAUUGGCUUCAAAAUAAAUGAGGGAAGUCUGGGCCUCCCUUCUGAAGCUGCUACUUCCGCGACCCGACCCCGGAUAAACGGAAGAAAAUGGAUGGACGGACGGACGGACAGACGGAUGGACAGACGGACGGAUGGAUGCUUGACUGAAAUUUGCAGAUGUCCAGAAGAAGAAACCAUUUGCAAACGGCUGAAUUAUUUGUCUACAAUAA